AUGGAUCAGCAUGGAGAUGCAGAAAGUGACCAAGAUCUCAACAAAGCCAUUUUGGAAAUGUUACAUAUUAAGAAAGUGUCGGCAAGUUAUCAGGCUGAAGCUCACCCGUACAUGAGGAGGAUCUACCUGCAUCUCGCCUCACCGGAUGCUCCAGACCAUACACGAUCGGAGGGAACUUUGGUGCAGAGCUUUAAAAGUGUGGUAGCUGGGCCUGGACAUGCUCCUGCUGGAUGGAUCUGGUUUAAUGUCAGAAGCCUGAACCCGUCCAUGCUGGGUGCAGAAUUGGUUCUGUUCAGGAAGACCCUCCACCCACGUCCCCUCAGUGUUACCGUCACCCUGCACGGCGUCAUCACUCCACAGGACCCUCUGGAUGAUAGCCCCACCCUCCAGGAGAGGCAACUGAUGCUGGAUCAGCGGCCCUCCUCCGGGUAUGACGUGUUCGACGUAUCCAAGAUACUGGUUGCGAGGCCUCUGGAGGUGGUGGGCUUUCAGCUGCACUACACAGAUGAGAACGGGAGUCUGGUCCUCCAUGAGGCAUUAACCCAGAGUCUGUACUGCCUGGACAGCAGCUGUCUGAGGGAGCCGCUGCUGGUGCUCUACCAGGACCGUCCUCCUCAGCUCUGACUCUGUCAUCACCACCAAGGGCGAUAAUGUUUCUGCUCGUGU